CCAUCGACUCCGCCGGUGUUGCAUGUAUGCUGCCAUGGAUGGCACCGUCCACCCUCAGGUACGGGUAUUGGUUGCUGGGCGUGUGCUGAGGGCCCCCUGUAGUUGCGCGGUCUGGGGUGCCGGAAUAGACUAAUAAGAGCAAAACCCGGAUUUCAGGGUAGCAUGACUAUCCACCGGGCUGCAUCUCUCACCAAGGCGCCCUUCCAUUCAACCACCAUCCUUCCCUCUCACCCUUCUUGGCACAGCACCACGGCUCCUUUUUUUCUCUCUUUCUUCCUUGUACGCCUUUACACACAGUCCUGGCCGGCCGUGUCUCGAGCGGCUGGCUGUCCGGAGGAUGAAGACAAAAAAAAGAAAAAAAAAAGAGGGAAACCAGGCCAAGCCGUCACCCAUCACUUUGACGAACCACUCGCACAUAAUAUUACCGUAAGAGUAGUUUCCUCCGGCCGGCGACGUGUAGCCCAGGAUUCGCUCGCACACCUCGCAGAAGUUCGUACCCUGCGAUAUUUUCCUAACCGAUUUUUAGGAGCGAGGGAGGGGAUCGAGACGGGGAGAGAGGCGGAGGGCGUGUGGGCGGAAACCCGCCAACUUUUAAUAUGCUUCCACAUCCCAUCCCGCCCAUCCUCCCGUACAUACACAUACGCAUACAUAUACGGGUAUGUAUGUAGGUAAGUAGAACCAGGUAUGUGUGUAUGUACCUGACACCGUCCACAUAUGGUACCGCAUGCUAAGGGGAGAGGGGGAGCGAGCGAGAGAGAGAGAGAUGGGGCGAGAGGGAGAGAGACAUUCGACGCUAUCGGCAUCGCAGAGUGCGCACGGAAUAUGCAGGUGGGCAAGCACUUAUAUUAUCAGGCGACUAACAAGUCAAUCAAUUUUCAUAUCAGGCCUUCCAAUACGGUGCAUAUAGACGAGACAAGGCGGCACCUGCAUCAUGCACUCGACCGUCUAGGUAUUCCAGAAUCUGGGAUUGUGUC